AUGGAAUUUAUUUUCUUUUCUUUUUCAGGUGCCGUUUUAGUGGUCAUUAUAACAACACAUCUAUCUACCGUUCAAGUCAGUCUAUUGUCUAUUUCUUUGAUAUCCAUAUGUUUUACGUGGAUCAUUUGCUUAAAUCCUAUCUGUCGCCCAAAUUCAUUUCUGGUAUCUUUCACUUCACUUCCACAUUUUAUACAAAUCAUUUCUUUUUUUUCUUUCGUUUUUUUUCCCAGUAUCUUUCAAAUCAAUCUCUCGUUCAAACUUGAAUAUUCUUCUGUCCAUGUUAUCCACACCGUUUCCUUUGAUUUCUCGCUUCCAUGUUUGAAUCUUUCUUUCGUAAUCGUCAUUAACUUUCUUGUCGACUUACCUUCUCAAAUCGAUCAUUUUUUUUGCUUUAUUUUUCUUAACCUUCACCUCUCUCUGUCAUUCAAAUCAUCUAAUUCUUUUUAUAAAGAGAUAUCACAGUGCCAGCUUAUUGCUGCUGCUGUCACCAUGUUUGUAAGUCGUUAUGGGAGAGUUGUUUGUCCGUAUUCUCACUCCGAUAUUCAAAACCAUCGUAUUAUAAUUUUUCUACUCUAA